UAAAUAAAAAAAAAAACAUUCAAGGAAAAGUCUAUUUUCGCCUAAUAAGCACAACAUUAUGAUAAAACAAUAUAAAAACCCGUUUAUUUAAUAAGAUACCGGUUAAUGUUUCGUGAUUUAUUGCAGUCGACGCAAACAUAAAUCACGAUUUUCUCCAUAUGCCGCUGUAAUCGUAAAUUUUCGUUGCUUCAGUUAGCAGUUAUCAUUUUCCUUUCGAUUUUCGUCAUCACUCCCUUAAUUAUUAUGUUGAAGAAUAUCGUUGUUUUGUGUAUGACUAUCUUGGCCGCCAAGGCUCAACGUUACAACGAACCAUGGCAUAAAAAAUGGUUUCCGCACGGCCCAGGUGAACAAGACUCUAAUCAAGUAAUCAGCGAUACCAAAAACCUUUACGAUGCCCACCAUGGUAUUGCUAUGGGGGUGGUUGACAGUAGUUGUGAUGAUGGCAAGAUAAAUUUGCACAUGGACUGGUUCAAUAAUAUAGAGAACUAUACAUGUUUCGAAAACAGGAGCUAUUAUUUACCCCAAUCUACAGUUCAUCCGAUUCUUAGUGUCGAGCAAAUUCCUGAGGAAUAUAGUGCCCCACAUAAGUGCAUGAAUGAGUCUAUCGAAUACAAUGAGAUUAUACCUACUUUCGGAACACAUCGACCUCUAUGGGCAGUUUACGGCGAAUACACCUUCUUACCAAAACAACGAUGGCUUCACAAUCUGGAACACGGUGCCGUAGUCAUGCUUUACCAUCCCUGCGCCAACUUAAACGAGAUCGUAAUGCUAAAAAGAAUCGUUAAGAAAUGCUUAUAUAGACACGUCAUCACGCCUUACAACCUGUUAAGUCCUAUCAGACCUCUCGCGUUGGUUUCUUGGGGACACCGUCUGGAAAUGUCCAAAGUCUCUCCGGAGGUUGUGGUCAAUUUUAUCCGUAAACAUGCCCUCAAUGGACCGGAGAAAACGCAUCGGAACGGUCAAUAUGACUUGAUGUUGAAGGAGCAGGCUCAAGUCAUUUCUGAUAUGGACGAUCACACUUUGUGCCCUAAACAUACUGAAAAAGGAAUAGAAAUGAGAUAAGGGGUUGGGAGGUUUUUCGCUUAGUAAGUUUUAGAUCUCGAAUUUACUUAUAGAGGAGCUUAAAUGUGAUUUUAUUUCUUUUAAAUAGUGUAGUGGUUUUUAUUGUUUACAGUCACCAUAGGCUUUUUUAAAAAGUUAUUGUGAAAUCUUGGAUCAAUUAAAGUUAAUCUUCUUGAUCCAAUUUUUGACUCAGGAUGGUACAUGUUUUUCUUCUAAACAUCUUUUUAUCAUUAAUUUAUUUAUUUAUCAACUCCAAUUCUACAUAAAAAUACAUUAACAAUUAAGUGAUUAAUCUUAUAAGAUGGCUUAAAAACUAACAGAAAAUUUAAAAGUUAUACCUAGGUAACAAACUUUGGUAAUUAACGGCGAAGACAAUAUGGAAUUGGAAGUUAUAUGCAAAAAUGUACAACAAUAAUGGAGUAAUUCAUGGUUGUAGUUAUGAAAGUGUUGGACUUACAAAAAAGGUCAUUUAAGUACCUCAAAAAGUGUUCAAGUAAUCCUUAAAAAACCGGGAACUUGGAGAAAAUUAGCCUCUAACCAAAACAGCUUUACCUAAGCCAAUUUUUAACCUAGCAACAAACUUUUUACAUAUAAUUAAUCUGUACAGUACUCCCUAUAGUAUUCCAAAAGAAUAAUACAACUAUCUUGAAAGUUGUAUUGAAAAGUGUCCAAUGAUGAUAAAAUACUUUACACUUUCCAAUUGAUUCUAAAAACCACAAAUCUGUUGGGUGCUUGGCAGGUAAAAAAUGGUUGUAACUCAUAAGAUAUUGAACUUGGUCAUAUAUGAAAUUAUUCCUUGGAAACGCCAUUUCUUUGAUUAAAAAUCGCAUUUAAGUAAUUGAAGAAGUUGAAGUGAAAAAAUUACCCUCUUACUUAAACUAUUAUAGCCAAGCCAAUUUUGAAUGUAAAAACAAAAUUUGUACCCACAAUUAAUCUGCUACGUGCCUCCUAUAAUAUUCUAAAAGAAUUACACAAAUAUCUUAAAUAUCUUGGAAGUUAUAUGGAAAAAUGUCCAAGAACAAGAAAAAAAAGAACUUUAAAUUUGAUGGGUACUGAGUCUUGUGGGUGUAAUUCAGAAAGUAUUGGACCUACAAAAAUGGUUUGUAUAUUGAACUAUUCCUUAGAAAACGCCCUUUCUUUAAGUAAAAACUCGAUUGAAGUACCUCAAACGGUUUUCAAAUAAUCCUUAAAAAGGAUUGGGAACAUUGGAAAAGUUACCCUCUAACUAGAAAUGUUCUAGCUAACCCAAUGUUUAACUUCAAAACAAACUUUUUUUACAUAAUUAAUCUGCAGCGUGUCUCCUUUAAUAUUCUAAAAGAAUCAUACAAAUACCCUAAAUAUAUUCGAAGUUAUAUGGAAAAAUGUCCAAGGAUAAUAAAAAAAUCAAAAUGUCAAAUUGAUUCUAAAAAUCUCAAAUCUGGUGGGUACUGGGAGUUUUGGCAGGUAAAAAUGGUUGUAACUCAAUAUAAUAAAAUAUUGAAAAAAAAUAUUGAACCCACACAAAUGGUUCAUAUAUGAAAUUAUUCGUUAUGAAACGCCUUUUCUUUGACUAAAUAUUUUAUUUAGAUAGUUCUAGAAGUUUUCAAGUAAUUGUUAUAAAAACUGGGAACUGAAGUGAAAUAAUUACCCUCUUACUUAAACUGUUCUAGUUAAGCUAAUUUUUAAGCUAGCAACAAACUUUUUACAUGUAAUUAAUCUGCUGAGUGUCCUCUAUAAUAUUCUUAAGGAAUUAUACAAUUAUCUUAAAUAUCUUGGAAGUUGUAUGGAAAAGCGUCCAAGGCAAAUAAAAAAAAUUCAAACUUCCCAAUUGGUUCUAAAACUCACAAAUCUGGUGGGUCCUGAGUCUUGCCAAGCAAAAGUGGUUGUAACUCUUAAUAACUAUUAGACUCACAAAAAUGGCUCAUAUAUGAAAUUAUUCCACAGAAAACACCGUUUCUUUAAGUAAAAACUCCUUUUAAGUGGUCCCGAGGCCUGUGAAAGACAGCAAAAACACCCUUUGGUGACUGGAAUAAUAAAUCACUGCCUUCCCCACUGCUUACUCAAAAUCAACUGUACCAAACCGAUCAAUAUAAUUGUGCCAAAUUUAUUUAUUAAAACACUGCUUGACCAAUUAGUCAUUUAAGCCCAUAAGUAUUAUAGAAACAGUUCACAGUUUAAGGAUUUCUCCGAUUGAUGAAAGUAAAAUUAAGUGUAAUAGUGCAUUCCUCUACAUUUUGUCCCAAAACUAGGAAGUAAGUUAUAAAAUAGACGAUAGAUCAUUUAGUUUUUACGCAAACUAAAAAAGUGCAUUAAAACUAAUCUAAAUAACUAGGGGUUUAUACAAGGAACUGAUUAAUUUGUGAUGGAUGGUAUUCAAAAAAGAAAAGCAAUUUUAAUGUACUUUUUUUGUAGGUUUAAGAGCAACUAAUUACUAAGUCGACUAAACUCGCAUAAUGCAUUUAAUAAACGUUUUAUUUCCUGGAAUAUUCGUAGUGUACCAAGGCUUUAUAGCUACAUGACGGCUUAACUAUUGACCCUAUCGUUAGUUUAUAGUAUAAAUAUAUAUAGGUGCCAAAUAUACACAUUUUUGAAUACACUUUUUAGGGCCAACAGUUUUUUUUUGUUUCAGGCUAUAAUAGAUCAUAUACUUUAUUUUAUCUAAGAAUAUUGACCAUCCUUUAUAUACUAAUUCUUGCUCUAAUACAUUGUUGAGGUGUUUUCAGACACAUAGUAAGUAAGACAACAUUCCCAGUAAUUUUAUCAAUAGUAAAUUAUAUAAGUCCCCGAAUAGUUAUUGUGAAAUAUUAAUUGGUGUUAAAAAAAUAAAAUCGAAAGAG